AUGCUCAGCAUCGACGAGCGCGGCUUCGUGGCCCUCAACAGCUUCUUCGACACGCUCGAGGCCAUGGAGCAGGCCUUCUCGGCGCUCGCGGCGGCGCCGCCAUCGCCCGCGGAGGCUGGUCUGCGCCUCGCCGUGCUUACCGUCGUGGGGCUGCUGGCCGCCGGCUUUGGCCUCGCCGGCCAUCGCGCGCCCCGCGCCUACGUCUUUCUCCAGAUGAGCUUGAUUGGCAUCGCCAUGAGUCCCGAGGUGCUGCUCGGUCCAACGAGCCUCUGGUCGGUGCCGAGCCUGGGCUUUGGGCUGCUUCUCGGCCUCCUCGGCGCAGCGCUGCCCAAGGUCGCGAUCGUCGUCAUCGCGUCCGUGGCCGUCAACCGCAAUGUGUACACGCAGUACGCGCUGCCUCUCCUCGCACGCGUGCUCGUUCCGCUCAUCCUCACGCUCAUCUUCGCCAAGGCCGUCGCCGACGACGCCGACAUCCGCACGUAUGUGCUCGCGCUCUCGGCCAUCCAAGGCGCCGACAUGCUCCAAGACGUGCUUCUAAGUCUCCUCGGGCUCGACCAAAACAAAAGCUCGCUGCUUGCGGGCCUCCUCAUCUUUGUGCAGCAAUACCAGCGCAUGUUGGAGCCCAAGUCGCCAGUCGUCGCCCACGCCAAAGCCGACUAA